UUCCCUAUUUGUUUUUUCAUUUUAAAAGGAAUUUUAUCUUUCUGUUUAUACUAUUAUUUUUCAUUACAUUUGCAUUGCCGAUCAUGGAGGAUCAUACUACUGCCGACAACAUUGUACAAAACAGAGAUGACAUUUUUUUGACAAAAGCUGUUGAAGAAGCAUACAAAGGUGUAGAUUGUGGAGAUGGGCGUCCAUUUGGUGCAGUUGUUGUUAGAAAUGAUGAGAUUAUUGUGAGUUGUCAUAAUAUGGUUCUAAAACACACUGAUCCAACUGCACAUGCAGAAGUGACAGCAGUAAGAGAGGCUUGCAAAAAACUCAACCGAAUUGAUCUAUCUGACUGUGAGAUGUAUGCCUCUUGUGAACCUUGUGCUAUGUGCUUUACCGCCAUUCAACUUUCAAGAAUCAAGAGAUUAGUGUAUGGUGCUAAAGCUGAAGCAGCAAUUCCAUUUGGGUUUAAUCAAUUCAUUUCAGAUGCAAUAAGAGGUACUGGGUUUUAUCAAAAGGCUAGCUUGGAAAUCAAAAAAGCUGAUGGUAAUGGAGCCAUUAUUGCAGAACAAGUAUUUGAAAACACCAAAGCCAAGUUCUCUAUGUAAUGAUCCGUUUUCUAAGAUCUGUAUUAUUUCUCCAUUGGAUAAGGGGAGGAACGUGACCAUAUUGUUUGAGGGGGUCAAAACUCAAAAGUCAAAACCAAUUUGUUUGAGGGGAAAAAGUUCAUCCGUAUGUAAAACAGAACUCUUUGUAUAAUAUUCAUGUUUGAUAUAAAAACCUAUAAAUAAACGAAAA